CUAGGAAAGGAGGGAGGGUGAGCUCAUGUCGUCAGUGGCCCAGCAGCGCGCAGACUCUGUUGGAGGAGAGCUGGCUGCCUAUUGAAAACAACGGGCUGUGACAGCGAGGAGAAGGGUGUUGGUGGGCUAAUGGAUAAAUAAAGGGAUACAAGUCUUUUACCACGCUGACAUUUUUACCUCCGUUUUCUUUCUUACUUUGUCACCCUGGAAAGAAUGUAAUUGCUACUGUUUCUACUAUUUUUUCUACAAGGAAAGCAGUCCCUCUUAGCUCUAGAUCUUCUGUACACUGAUCGAGAAUCAGCCACAGCUCCAUACCAUCAGGGUCUAGACAACAAACUGAGGCGAGACAUGAUGGAAGCCCCUAUUGUGUGCUUGGAUGAGGAGUUUGAAGACCUCCGACCCUGUCGGAUGGAUGAGCUGGACCAUCUUGCUCUCAACCACUCCUCUUACUCUUCCACCACCACGGUCCCUCUCCUCCCCAUCAACCGUGAAGACUUCUCAGAGCUAGAAAACUUUUCUGAGAUGAUGAGCUUCAAAUCAAUGGAGGACCUGGUCAAUCAGUUUGACGAGAAGCUCAAUGUCUGCUUCCACAACUACAACACCAAGACGGAGGGCUUGGCUCCCAUUCGCAGUCAGUCCCACAACCAGGAGGAUGAGGAGCAGCUGCAGGAUGAAGAUGUGUGGGGCGCCCUAACUGACAACUACAUCUCCACAUGGGACAGCCCCAACUCUGAUGGACACAAUGGAAAUCUUUCAGACGAGGAGAUUCAAGAAAAACAGGAGGAGAUGAAUGUGAAGAAUGAGAAAGUCAACUGCCUGAAUGAAGAACCUCUCAUCACAGCAGAUCAGGUGAUUGAGGAGAUCGUGGAGAUGAUGGAGAACUCACCAGAUCCUGUUGAAACAGAGGAAGAUGAUGAUGAGGAGAGCAGCCACUGCUCCUCCAGGAUUAACCCCUCCUUGAUAGAGGAGAUUAGACAGCUGUCAGAAGCUUCCAACAACAACUGCUCCCAUGAAGGUCUGAGUUUGAUGUCUGAUCCAUCACUUGCUGAGCUGCUGCAGCGGGUGGAGUCUGCUAUCUGUGAGUACUCAGAGGAGCUGGUCAACCAACUGGCACGUCGAGAUGAGCUGGAGUUUGAAAAAGAGGUGAAGAACACAUUCAUAACAGCACUAAUGGAGGUGCAGAACAGGCAGAAGGAGCAACGAGAGAGCGGAAAACGCAGAUGUCAAAACAAGACCCUCAGCCUGCAAGGGGCAGGAACAGGGUCCACCAACGGGGGGAGCUGUGGAUUGACUGGAGGCUCAGAGAAGACAAGCACCAUGCCUGUCAAGCGUUUCAGCAUGGAGGGCCUGUCCAACAUUCUGCAGACUGGCAUUAGACAGACCUUUGGAGUCCCGGGAACAGAGAAGCAGUAUCUAAACACUGUGAUUCCAUAUGAGAAGAAAGCCAUCCCUCCAUCUGUUGAUGACCUGCAGGUGCUCACAAAAAUUCUCUAUGCUAUGAAGGAGGACAGCGAGAAGGUGCCCACACUGCUGACUGAUUACAUAUUAAAAGUCCUCUGCCCAACUUGAAGUACCGCCAGACCAAGGGUUGCAUUGUGGCUGCGAAUUCCUACCUUCAACCAAACUCACCUCUGGCGCAGCCUGCAUGAGCUCCGAAUGUUUUCCAACCAUCCACACCAUCAGCAUCAUUUAUUUGCCCAUCACCUUACAGCCCUUUCUUGCUGAGCUCCUCUGUUCCAACAUUCCCGACACAAACCACACUCGGAAAUGGCUCCCAACUGGUGAAACGGCACAUUUCCACUUUUACAGGACUUCACUACCGGAUCCUUUUGGUGCAGCGAUACUGUGUUAUCAAUGUUAAAACUUUGCUUUAUUUAGUGCUGCUACAUGUUGACAGUAGUUCCUGGGCGUGGGCUAAAAGGAGAUUCUGACCAGAGUUCAAAUGUUGCUGUAUUAUGACAACGAUCUAACGAGAAUCACAAUUUAAUAUGUCAUUACAAAAUCAGAAAAGCAAACAUAGUUAUUUAAAUGCUGUUGUCUUCGUCUUCGUCUUCGUCUUCCUCCGCUUAUCCGGGUCCGGGUCGCGGGGGCAGCAUCCCAACUAGGGAGCUCCAGGCCGUCCUCUCCCCGGCCUUGUCCACCAGCUCCUCCGGCAGGACCCCAAGGCGUUCCCGGACCAGAUUGGAGAUGUAACCUCUCCAACGUGUCCUGGGUAAACCCGGGGGCCUUCUGCCGGCAGGACAUGCCCGAAACACCUCCCCGGGGAGGCGUCCAGGAGGCAUCCUGACCAGAUGCCCAAACCACCUCAACUGGCUCCUUUCGAUCCGGAGGAGCAGCGGUUCUACUCCGAGUCCCUCCCGAAUGUCCGAGCUCCUCACCCUAUCUCUAAGGCUGAGCCCGGCCACCCUACGGAGGAAACUCAUUUCGGCCGCUUGUAUCCGCGAUCUCGUUCUUUCGGUCAUUACCCAAAGCUCAUGACCAUAGGUGAGGAUUGGGACGUAGAUCGACCGGUAAAUCGAGAGCCUGGCUUUCUGGCUCAGCUCCCUCUUCCCCACGACAGAUCGGCUCAGCGUCCGCAUCACUGCAGACGCCGAACCAAUCCGCCUGUCGAUCUCCCGAUCCCUCCUACCCUCACUCGUGAACAAGACCCCGAGAUACUUAAACUCCUCCACUUGAGGUAGGACCUCUCCCCCGACCCGGAGGUGGCAAGCCACCCUUUUCCGGUCGAGAACCAUGGUCUCAGAUUUGGAGGUGCUGAUCCUCAUCCCAGCCGCUUCACAUUCGGCCGCGAACCUACCCAGCAAGAGCUGAAGGUCAGAGCUGGAUGAAGCUAGGAGGACCACAUCAUCCGCAAAAAGCAGAGACGAGAUUCUCCUGCCACCAAACUCGACACACUCCACACCACGGCUGCGUCUAGAAAUUCUGUCCAUAAAAGUGAUGAACAGAACCGGUGACAAAGGGCAGCCCUGGCGGAGUCCAACCCUCACUGGGAACAGGUCCGACUUACUACCGGCUAUGCGGACCAAACUCACGCUCCUCUGGUAAAGGGACUGAAUGGCCCUUAACAGAAAGCCACCCACCCCAUACUCCUGGAGCGUCCCCCACAGGGUGCCCCUGGGGACACGGUCAUAAGCCUUCUCCAAAUCCACAAAGCACAAGUGGAUUGGUUGGGCAAACUCCCAUGCCCCCUCCAUCACCCUUGCAAGGGUAUAGAGCUGGUCCACAGUUCCACGGCCAGGACGAAAACCACAUUGCUCCUCCUCUAUCUGCGAUUCAACUAUCGAUCGGACCCUCCUCUCCAGUACCUUGGAGUAGACCUUUCCAGGGAGGCUGAGGAGUGUGAUCCCCCUAUAGUUGGAACACACCCUCAGGUCACCCUUCUUAAAGAUGGGGACCACCACCCCGGUCUGCCACUCCCUAGGAACUGCCCCCGAUGACCACGCAAUGUUGUAGAGACGUGUCAACCAUGAUAGCCCUACAACAUCCAUAGCCUUGAGAUACCCAGGAUGAACCUCAUCCGCCCCCAGGGCUCCGCCGCUGUGUAGUUGUUUGACUACCUCAGCAACUUCUGCCCCCGAGAUCGGACAGUCCAUCCCCAGGCCUCCCAGCUCUGGUUCCUCCUCGGAAUGCGCAUUGGUGGGAUUGAGGAGCUCCUCAAAGUAUUCCUUCCACCGUCCGACUAUAGCCUCAGUUGACGUCAGCAGCUCCCCAUCCCCACUGUAAACAGUGUGAGCGAGUUGCUGCCUUCCUCUCCUGAGGCGCCGGACAGUUUGCCAGAACCUCUUUGGAGCCGAUCGAUAGUUUUUCUCCAUGGCCUCACCAAACUCCUCCCACGCCCGAGAUUUUGCCUCGGCAACUGCCACUGCUGCACCCCGCUUGGCUAUCCGGUACCUGUCUGCUGCCUCCGGAGACCCACAGACCAGCCACGCCCUGUAGGCCUCCUUCUUCAGCCUGACGGCUCCCCGAACCUCUGGUGUCCACCAGCGGGUACGGGGGUUGCCACCACGACUGGCACCGGCCACCUUACGACCACAGCUAGCAACAGCCGCCUCGACAAUUGCAGAGUGGAACAAGGCCCACUCGGACUCAAUGUCCCCCACUGCUCUCGGGACGUGGUCAAAGCUCUGCCGGAGGUGGGAGUUGAAGACCGUCUUGACAGGUUCUUCUGCCAGGCGUUCCCAGCAGACCCUCACUAUGCGUUUGGGUCUGCCAGGUCUACGCGGCAUGUUCCCUUGCCAUCUGAUCCAACUCACCACCAGGUGGUGAUCAGUUGACAGCUCCGCCCCUCUCUUCACUCGGGUGUCCAAAACAUACGGCCGCAGGUCAGAUGAUACGACUACAAAAUCUAUCAUCGACCUGUGACCUAGGCUGCCCUGGUACCAAGUGUACCGGUGGGCAUCCUUAUGUUCGAACAUGGUGUUCGUUAUGGCCAAACUGCGGCUUGCACAGAAGUCCAAUAACAAAACACCGCUCGAGUUCAGAUUAGGUGGGCCGUUCCUCCCAAUCACACCCCUCCAGGUCAAGCUGUCAUUGCCCACGUGAGCAUUGAAGUCCUCCAGCAGGACAAUGGAGUCCCCUGAUGGAGCACUAUCUAGCACUCGUCCCAGGGACUCCAAAAAGGGUGGGUACUCUGAACUGAUAUUUGGCCCAUAAGCACAAACAACAGUCAGGACCCGUUCCCCGACCCGAAGGCGCAAGGAAGCUACCCUCUUGUCCCCCGGGGUAAACCCCAACACACAGGCAGAGAGUCUCGGGGCUAACAAAAAGCCAACCCCAGCCCUCCACCUCUCACCCGGAGCAACUCCAGCAAAGUAGAGUGUCCAACCCCUCUCCAGGUCUCGGGUUCCAGAGCCAAUGCAAUGUGUCGAGGUGAGUCCGACUAUAUCUAGCCGGUACCGCUCCACCUCUGCCACAAGCUCCGGCUCCUUCCCCGCCAGCGAGGUGACGUUCCAUGUCCCAAAAACUAGUUUUCUUGUCUGGGGAUUGGACCGCCAAGGCUCCCGCCUUGGUCUGCCACCCGAUUUGCAUUGCACUGGACCCUUCAUGUUCCUCCUGCGGGUGGUGGGUCCACAGUUGGACGAGCCCAUGUAUCCGGUUCGGGCUGGGCCCGGCCGGGCCCCAUGGGUGAAAGCCCGGCCACCAGGCGCUCGCUCACGGGCCCCAACCCCAGGCCUGGCUCCAGGGUGGGACCCCGGUAACCCUCCGGGCCGGGUACUCCGACUCUUCGUUUUAACCGCCAUGAAAGAUCCUUCGAACCGUUCUUUGUCUCACCCUUCACCUAAGACCAAUUUGUCAUGGGAGACCCUACCAGGGGCACUAAGUGCCCCAGACAACAUAGCUCCUAGGAUCAUUAGGGCACUCAAACUCCUCCACCACGAUAAGGUGACGGUUCAAGGAGGAGUAAAUGCUGUUGUUUAUAUCUUUAUUAGGAAUUCCGAUACCCAGGAGGGGCUCGCGUAGAGCCUCUCUUGCACUUUCUACUGUUUGAAUUGGCUUGUUUUAAACACAUUACUCCUAAAACCAAACACUGACAGAAAAUGGCUGGACAGAUAUUUUUUCAUGGUUGGAGUGUUUACAGAGGCAGUAGACACACACGACAGCACAAUUGGUGAGUUUUGCCUAAUGUGAGCCCUUUGAAAGGUGUGAUUUGUUUUGAAAGAUGCACACAAAAGACAACUUCAGGAACCUUCUCCAUCAACCUUGGUACUCUUCUGGGGCCACAACAGCAACUGUGGCUAAAGCUGAAUACUCCAGUACAACUGUGGUGUGGGCCAGGCCCUGGUUCAAGUGGGACCUGAUGUGUGGGAAACCUCACCUCCCAUCAACCAUCCAUUAUAUGUCGGUGGAGGGACUGACUCAUAAAACAAAUGCUCUGAAGCUCCAACUCAUGAGCAAAAACAACAUGGAAGAUCUAAAUAAAAUAGAGAGUAAAUGCAUAGUUAUGCUACAUAGAACAUGAUUUUGUUUCGGUGAUAUCUGGAGGUUGGCAAGUUCUUUAUAGCUUGUUAGUUGGUGUGUCAGGUAUGCCUCCUGUAGUCAGUUCCUCCAACAAGCCAUGAAUGAAUGGAUUCCUCACUAUAGAAACGACUUACAAACAGCUUUGUUUAUCUAAGGUAAUUGCCCUUUCAGCCACUGCACUACACGUCUUUCACACACAACCCCAAUUUACAUCAGGUGUGUGUGCAGUGCUUUAUAGCAGCAGGUUUCAUCUGUACAGCAUCAGUCCCCACCUAGGAGUGCAACAGAUGUGGAGCAGCGGUGCCACAGUCCUUAACUGGACUCGCAAGAUCAAAAUACCACAGGAAAAUGAAUGUUGUAUACUUUCAAAUUAUGUGUUUUAAUUAUGAUGGAUGGUGAACUUCUUUCUACUCACCAUCCACUCCAAUAGUUGCCUUCUCCUUUUUGGUGUCAAAUAAAACCUGAUGAUUCCCCACUGCCAGGGAAAAAGUCUCGUAACCCUUGAUGAUGUAUGCACCAACGCUCCAACGAGUGGUAAUGCAGUAAUGUUUACACCGCUCAGCAGUCACAACUCUGCUUUGUUCUUUCUUUUAGAAAUUAAUCGGAUGCUUUACACUGAUGCUGUGUGUGAUUUCUUGUUUAGCUCAAUGUUAACUACGGAUUCUAACACAAGGACGCAUGGCAUGUACGUACAUGUACUGCGGUGUAUGUACCACCUAGUGUAAACCGUACCAUAGACUUCAACAACUUCUUGGUUGUGGAGACCAUCCUGCUGCUGCGCUGCACCGCUCACACACCUGGUGUAAAUUGGGGCUGAGUUGAAACCAGAACCCAGCCCAUGCAUCCCUAAUUAUUCUGGUUAUUGUUUAGUUCACUGUCAUCCUCAAACACUUCUCUGUACUAAGGAAAGUUUGUCAAAUGAAUACAAAAGCCAUUCACAGUGUUCUGCAAACUGUACCGCAGUGGCACAGAAAGAAAAGAAACGCUGUUCUGUUAUGGGUGCAGUGCAUCACAAAGCUUCUUUCACAACAAUAAAAUCAGGAACAUUUAAAUAUAUUUUAUAUAUUUAUUUCCAAACAUGGAUUGUUUGAAGUUAUCUGCUUUUAUUUACCGCAUCGUCAGACUGACUCCAGACAACACUCUACGCAGCGGGGCCCAUCAGUAACUUCAGCUAAUCUUCAUGAAGAUGUGCACAUUAACAUGUUUGACUUGAUUUGCUUCAUGUAGGUGAAUGUUGCAUUGCUUAUUUAAUAAUUAUAAUAAACAUGUACCUUAA